AUGGAUUUUGAUCAGCAGGUUCUGCGGGCACUGUGUGCAAGACCUGUUCCAAAAACAGAUAUACAGAUUUUCCGCGAGGCAAAGGUCUCCAACUUCUACAUAAAGAGAAACGAAAAGUACGACUAUGUCAAGCAUAGGCUGGAGUGCAUGCGCCCGUAUUUCUUAGAGUUGCUGCAGAUCAAACAGUUUGAGUCGGUCAAUCACAUAUCUGCAUCGUCAUUCUGCACGUACGGGAUGAUAGUCAACCCCACGGGAAUAAAGCUGGAUGCAUCAAACAUAUGUGUUGCAUCAAAUAUUGAUGGAAGCAACGAUGUGGUCGUUAGGCUCAACCUGGAGCAUCUGUGUAGAUACUCGGUGUUUCCUGGCCAGAUUAUUGCAGUAAAAGGAAAGAAUAUUGGCGGAGACGAGAUAAUUGUUGAGCGUCUUGACUGUGUUCCAGUUGUGGAUGUUAACACAGCAGAUGCAGGCAGUCUUGGCAAUGCAUCUAACAAUCCAAGGAUAAUUGCAUUUCAAGGGCCUUAUUACUCCGAGCUUAGCGAAUGUGGAGUUGAUGUGUUUGAGAGGGUUCUUGCAAUGGAAGCAGACAUUUUGAUUUUGAUAGGCCCGUUUGUAAAGCCACUGCAGGAGCUUGGCGGAGAGUCUCCGUUUGGUGUGCUGAGCGAUGUUUUUAUGCCAAAGGUGCGGAGGUGGUUAAGACAGCACUUAUGGCGGAAAGUGGUUCUGGUGCCAUCGAUAGGAGAUCCCACAUGCCUGAAUGUGUAUCCGCAGGAGGCAAUUGAUACCGAAGAGGAGCGGAUGUACUGUGUUAGCAAUCCCUGCGAGAUUUUUGUGAAUAGGUGCCUGGUUGCAAUCUCUUCGUUGGACAUGCCUCUUGAAAUAUGCUCUGAGGAGUGCUUUUACAACUCUGGAGAUGCAGAUGCGACGGAUGUGUGCGGAGAGCUUCUUUUCAAGGGCGACCGGAUGGAUAGGCUGGCACAUCAUCUGGUGUUUCAGAGGAGUUUUGUGCCUGUGUUUCCAUCGAGAAGCGCAAUAUCGUAUUCUUCUCCAGAAGGAUUGAUGAUGGGGAUGGCGCCGGACGUGUACCUUGUUGUGUCGAGACUGAAGGGGUUUUGCAGACGAGCAGGGCCAAGCUUGGUGGUUAACCUUGGGUUUGUGGCUAGAGGCGGGAAGGCAUGUGUAAUAAAGCCUGGCACUGGUGGAGAAGCAAAUGCGGAGUUUGUUGAUCUGUGUGCUGAGGAGGCAAGCGGAGUGUCUGAUAAAUAG